UACAUAUCAAAAUUUUGAUUUCUCUCUCUUUUUUUUAAUCGUAUUUACAAAAUAAAAAUAUUGUCUUCUUGAAAAAAUUCAUAUUGUUCUUUAAAAGUUUAUUCUCUUGAAAGUAAAAAUUCAAUGGAUAUUUCAUCUUCAUCGCGAACUCGUGACUCACAAAGCGAUAGUAGUAUUAUAGAUAAUACUACGAACGUAAAUACCGUAACCACCGCAAGUACUCCAAUAACACCUCUACCUCAAAACAAUUCUUCCCUAGUUCUCAUAUUAGAUGAAGCGCCUCCACCACCUUAUCCUACAGAUUCAAAAUUACAAAUUCCAACCCCGUCUCAUUCAAGAGACCACACAACGAUAACACUCACUUCUCCACCUGAAUAUACAAGUUCUGCUUCAAUAAUUACUACUCAGCCACAACCACAAAUCAUGUCACUUUCACCAAAUAAUAAUAGAUUUAGCGAUAUAUCAACGACAAAUACUACAAAUGAGGAUAUGUCAACUCGUGCAUUAUUAAAUGCGGCUCAGCAAUUAAAAUUUUGCAAGAUAUGUCAAGAAUCAGAAGAAUCAAGUUCUUCGAAUGUUUUGGACUUUGAAACUUAUAAAAAGGGAAAACUAAUUUCUCCUUGUAAAUGUAAAGGUUCACUUCAAUAUGUACAUAUUGGUUGUUUAAAUCAAUGGCGUCAUUCUAAUGUACGUGCGGAAGCCUCAUAUAGAUGUGAAGUAUGUAAAUACGAAUAUAGAUUUUAUAGACCACGUAUAGCAAAAAUAUUUUCAAGUAAUUUGACUUUACAUUUUCUUACCUUGACAUUGUUAUUAUCUAUAAUAUAUUUAAUGUCUUAUAUAGUAAAAUUGAUUAUGCAUAAUAAUGUUUCUCAUGAUCCAAAUGAUCCAAAUGAUCCAAAUGAUCCAAAUAAUGACCCUCCUCAUAAAUUACCUGGUAAUUAUAAUUGGAGAGAGAUUGAAUUUUUGAACAUUCGUGUUAUAGAAUAUUUAAUAGGUAUUUUAUUAGUUUCAUGUUUUGGUUUAAUAUUUUUCUUAAUUAUGAUUUGUUUCAGUGGGUUUAGUCAUACAAGACAUAGUUAUUGUUAUAUUGGUGGUUGUGAUAAUUCUUUUUGUUUAAGUUAUGGAGGUUGUUCUGGAAGUGAUUGUUCUGGUUCUGGUAAUGAUUGUAGUGGUCUUUUUAUUAUACUCUUUUUAUUUAUAAUUUCGAUAAUAUUCAUGGUAGGCUGCGCUGGUGCAACAAUUGCCGCUUAUCUAUUAAUACAAAAAAUUAUAUCAAUAUGUCUUGGAAAAGUUCAUGAUCGUAUACUAGAGGUUAAUAAAGAUUAAUUAAUAUGCAUAUUUACUAUAUACUCUGAAUGAUCAUAUGCGUCACGUAUUUGACCUCAAAGUGUCGUUUAUUAGUUUGUAAUUCACGUGAGUUUGAAUUGACAGUGAUACGGCUG